AUGUCAAUCAAACCAAUUGCAAUUGCUCCACCACAGCCAUCGACGCAAAGGGGUCAAUCAUCACAUCUUUCAUACGAUGCAGUUAAUGAUCGAUUGGCUUAUGUUAAUGGGAAAUCAGUAAUCAUUCGAUCAGCCGAUUACAAUUCCAACUCUCCAGUUGUUGUUUUUACCAAGCAUAUACAUCCUACCACCGCGGUAAAAUUCUCACCAUCCGGGUUUUACGUAGCUUCAGGUGAUGAGUCUGGACAAGUCAAAAUCUGGGAUGCUGCACCAAAGAAAGGGGACGAUGAUGUAUUUGAGCCCCCUAUCAUAAAGAGUGAAUUCCAGGUCAUGUCGGGUCCAAUCAGAUCGAUAGCUUGGGAUGCAGAUAAUGCUAGAAUCAUAGCAGUCGGUCAGGGAAAAGAAAAGUUUGGGCAUGCUUUUUCUUGGGAUUCAGGUAAUUCAAUUGGUGAUAUUCAGGGCCAUAGUUCCACAAUAAAUGCCGUCGAUAUCAAGCCACAAAGGCCUUAUAGAGCUGCUACUGUAAGUGAUGACUUUGCAAUGGUUUUUUUCCAAGGUCCACCAUUCAAGUUUGACAAAAGCUUGCGAGGAAAUCACACAAACUCAGUUCGUGAUGUCAAGUUUAGCCCAGAUGGAAAUUUUUUGGUUUCGGUUGGGUCUGAUAGGGCUAUUUGUAUCUACCAAGGUAAAACUGGUGAAUUUAUCAAGAAAAUUGAAAAUGGUCAUGAUGGAGGUAUUUUCGCUGUUGCAUGGACUCUGGACUCUGAGAAAUUCGUUACUGCAUCUGCUGAUGGGUCGAUUAAAACUUGGAGUGUGAAUGAUGGACUUAUACAGACUCUUAAAGCUACCGAAAAGCCAUCGAUUUUUCAACAGUUGGUGGGCUUGGCAGUGACAAAAGAGUACAUAAUAAGUUUGACCUAUGGUGGUGAAUUGGAGUACUUUAAAGACGGUGAGCUUGUUCAAGUGGUACAGGGUCACCAAGCCCCCAUAACCAAGUUAGCUAUCUCUGGAAAGAUCCUAUAUAGUGGAGGAUCGGACGGGAAGUUGUACAAGAGCGAGAUAGAACCAAAGGGAUUGAAACCAAACCCAACAAGACAGGGUAAGGAUGGAGAUGAGCAUAGUAACUAUGUGGUUGAUUUAUUGACGGUGGACGAAUCUUUGUACUCCAUAGGUUGGGAUGAUGCAAUUAAGAGAUGGAAGGAUGGGAAAGUGGUAUCCUCUGCCAAAUUGCCCUCGCAACCAAAACAGUUGAGCAAAAUUGGUGACAACAUCGUUGUCCUUCUCGAAUCUGAUUUACAAUUGUACAGCAAGGAUCUCGAAUUGGUAUCCUCAUUGGACCUUGGUUUUUCCAGCACAAACGUGGCGCCUUUAUCAAAAACAAUCUUGAUGGUUACGAAUGUUUCCAAGAACACCAUUGUUGGAAUUGAGAUAGAGGCGGGGAACAAACUCUCAGUCACCUCCCAACAGUUCCCCACAUUAAGAACUCCACCAACUUUAAUAAGAGUAUCACCCGAUGGGGAGCACUUUGCUGUAGCUGAUUCGUCCGGGAAAUACACUUUGUUCAAACUGGAUGGGUCUGUAGUUUCGACGAGAUGGGCUUUCCACACUAGUAAGGUGUAUGACGCCCAGUGGUCUCCAGAUUCCAAACUUUUGUUGAGUGGAGGACUUGAUUGUGGUUUGUUACUAUACUCAGUAGACAAGCCAUCCAAGGUUGUCAAGUUUCCCCUUGCACAUGCUUCUGGAGUAACAAGCUUAACGUGGCUGGAUUAUGAUAAUGAAAAGCAAACGGGCCAGUUUGUUUCUUCAGGUUUAGAUGGCACCAUUAGACAAUGGGAGUUAAAUAGAUAA